AUGAGGAGGUUGAGUGUCCUCUUUCCAUUUUCUGUGAAAUGCAUUGUCCUCUUACUCAUAAUGCGUUCGAGCUUGGAAGCUCCUUCCAUUGAUGCUGCCACAACCGGUAGUGGGAAUGAGACAGAUCAUCUUGCUUUAUUAGAAUUCAAGGCAAAGAUUGUUCAUGACCCUCAAAAUGUCAUGAGCUCAUGGAAUGAUUCUGCUCAUUUCUGCAACUGGGAAGGCGUCACCUGUGGUCGCAAACAUAAAAGAGUCACCAUACUCAAUCUUCAAUCUCAAGGCUUGGUGGGUUCUUUGUCUCCUUAUAUUGGAAACUUGAGUUUCCUUAGGGAGAUUAGAUUAAGAAACAACACCCUGAGUGGUAAAAUCCCUGCUGAAUUUGGCCACUUGUUUAGGCUACAAGUUUUGGAGCUGUUUUUCAACCAACUUGAAGGGAAAAUUCCAUCACACUUGUCCCUCUGUUCAAAACUCAGGGUUCUGGACAUGGGAUUCAACAAGCUAGAAAACAUUCCAACUGAGCUUACCAAUUUGUCUAUGCUUAUAGAGCUUCGGAUGCAAUCAAAUAGAUUGACAGGAGCACUUCCACCUUUCAUCGGGAACCUGAGCUCACUGGAAGAUUUUUCUGUUGCUAUCAAUUUCCUUGGUGGAAGUAUUCCAGAUGCCCUGGGACAACUAAAUCGCAUGUUAGCAAUCGGACUUGGUGAGAACAAUUUCUCAGGUAUUAUCCCUCCAGUCAUCUAUAAUAUUUCUUCCAUCCGUAUUUUCUCUAUGAAUGGUAACUCGCUUCAUGGAAGCCUUCCAUCAGACGUGGGCAUCCUCCUCCCUCAUCUGCAGCAGCUCCAACUGCAUGAUAACUACCUCAGUGGAUCAAUUCCAGUGUCAUUAUCCAAUGCCUCAAAACUUCAACAACUUUCUUUAGCAAGAAACAAUUUCAACGCAAAUGUGCUUGUCCAGUUUGGACUCCUCAAACAGCUUCAAUGGUUAAUUUUACAAGGCAAUAGUCUAGGUGGUCAGGGAGAUCAUGGUGAUUUAAACUUUAUAACAUCUAUGGCCAACUGUAGCAGUUUGCAAUAUAUGGAUUUAUCCUUUAAUCAUUUCACAGGAGCAUUGCCCACUUCGGUGGCCAAUCUCUCUUCUACUCUUCGACUGUUCGCAGUUGCGAGUAAUCGAAUAUAUGGCAAUCUCCCCCUGGGCUUAUUUGAUCUUGUUAACUUACCAAGGAUAAUCUUGCAAAAUAAUCAAAUUACAGGAACUAUUCCCGCGGAAAUUGGAAAGCUUCAGAAAUUAGAGGAACUGUUUCUCGAUAGAAAUAGAUUAUUUGGGGAAAUUCCUUCAUCCAUUGGAAACUUAUCAUCUUUGAUUAGUCUUCAAUUGGACGAUAACAAAUUAGAAGGCAACAUCCCCUCCAGCUUUGGAAAUUGUCAUAACUUAUUAUUCCUAAGACUUUCUAGGAAUACUCUUAGUGGAUCCAUACCAAAACAAUUUUUUAUCUUGUCUGCCUCCUUAUAUUGUUGGUUCAAAAAGCAGAAGAGAAAGCAAUCUCCAGGUUCUGUGGAAAUGAAAUCUUUUCGAAAACUUUCUUAUCAAAGGAUUCUCAAAGCAACUGAUGGGUUUUCCACUGCAAAUUUUCUUGGCGCGGGGAGAUUUGGAUCUGUCUACAAAGGCACCCUUGAGGAGGAUGGAGCAAUCGUUGCAGUAAAAGUACUCAACCUUCAACAAAGAGGAGCUGAAAAAAGUUUUAUGGCUGAGUGCAAAGUCUUGCAAAACAUACGUCAUCGAAAUCUUGUGAGGAUCAUGACAUCUUGCUCAAGUAUUGAUUUCCAAGGAAAUGAUUUCAAGGCACUUGUUUAUGAGUACAUGCCGAAUGGAAACCUGAGCAAGUGGUUGCAUCCACGUUCAGAAAUAUAUGCUGAGCCAGCUGAACAAUGGAGUCUGAGCCUUCUUCAGAGAAUGAACAUUGCCAUAGAUGUAGCAAGCGCACUAGAUUAUCUUCAUCAUGGUUGCCAAAAGCCAAUCAUUCAUUGUGAUCUAAAGCCAGGCAAUGUUCUCCUGGAUGAUGAUAUGGUUGCUCACAUUGGAGAUUUUGGGCUAGCAAAGUUUCUCUCUCAACUCACAAAUCCAAUUCAAAGCAGCUCAGUCGGAGUGAGAGGCACAGUUGGCUAUGCAGCACCAGAAUAUGGACUAGGAAGUGAGCCAUCAACAAGUGGAGAUGUUUAUAGCUAUGGGAUCCUGCUACUUGAGAUGGUGACAGCCAAAAAACCCACGGAUGAUAUCUUUGUGGAAGGUCUCAGCCUUCACAAUUUUGCAAGGAUGGCAUUGCCUGUCCAAAUAUUGGAGAUUGUAGACCCUAUUCUCUUGCAAGAAGAAGAAGAAGAAGCGAGAUUAAAUAGCAAUCAAGGUCCAACACAAGCAAGAAAUGAAAGCAAAUUUGAAUGCUUAAGUUUUAUGAUAAAUGUUGGGGUAGCAUGUUCCAUGGAUUCUCCGCAAGAAAGAAUGGACAUAAGUAAUGCAGUCAAGGAGUUGCAUUCAAUCAGAAACAAUUAUAUGCGAGCUAGAACAGGGCCAUCCACACACAGAAGUAAGUAA